UCCGCUGUUUUACCAUGGAACGCGAUUGUGCUAGUUUUCGCUGCGAAUUUCCCUUUUUUUUCAGAAGCAAUUGAUCUGAUUUUAUUAAACAGACCUGGCAACCCUGAUUGAACGAACGUACAGGUGACCAAGCUACGGGUAUUGUAAGUGAAACAGGUAUCGCUCAUCCAGAAAUGAAAACAACUUACUUCCUCGCUAACUUUUUUAUUACUUCUUUGAGCGUUAUGGUCGCUUUGUCGUUCUCUAAACUUGUCAGACCAACGAUACCAGCGAUAGCGCAUCAUUUUGGGACAAAAGGCAGGUACGAGGAAGUGAACCCACAUCUAUUAGAUGACAUUUUGUUUGUAAACAAAUCCCUGGUAGCACCCCCCUCUCCAGAUAGUCGUGCCAUUCAUGUGGUGUCGGUGAUACGUCACGGUACGCGCUAUCCAACCACAAAAAAUGUGAAAAAGAUAGCGCGAUUGUUUGAUCUGGUCGUGUCUCAGGCUUCAGGUUCAGCCUCGUGGCUAAAUAACAUUAAGACAUGGAAGAUGUGGUACACUGAAGACAUGGACGGCAAAUUGGUGGAGAAGGGGCGCGAUGACCAUAGACAUUUGGCCAUGAGACUGGCGCGGUCGUUCCCUUCUUUGAUUUCUGAGGAGCAUCUCCGUGCAAACCGCAUUGAGUUCAUCACCAGCUCCAAACAUCGCUGUGUUGAUAGUGUCAAAGCUUUUCAAGAGGGGCUUCACCGACUCUGGGAUGUUCAGGAUAUGGAUUACAAACACCAUGUGGACGAUUCACUCAUGAGAUUUUUUGAUCAUUGCGAGAGAUUUGUUGAAAGUGUUGAGAAAAACAAAACGGCUUUAAAGGAGGUAGAACGCUUUAAAUCUUCAGCUGAAAUGGAUGCAGUACGGAGGAAAAUAUCCAGUCGCCUUCAGAUUCCAUACAGUCAGUUCACCCCAGAUAUGGCAGAGGCAGCUUUCUUUUUGUGUUCUUAUGAGUUUGCCAUCAAGUCAGAAAACUCUCCUUGGUGUGAUCUGCUGGAUACGUCUGAUGCUCAAGUCCUGGAGUACAAAAAUGACCUGAAACAGUACUGGAAGAGGGGAUAUGGACAUGACGUCAACCGUAAAUCAAGCUGCCCUCUCUUUCAUGAUAUUUUCAAGCGUCUUGAUGAGGCUGCUAAUGACUACAGAUUUGGACAGGUGAAAAAGACCGCCACCAUCCAGGUCGGACACGGUGAAACCUUGCUGCCUCUGCUCUCUCUGAUGUCCUUCUUUAAGGAUGAAACGCCUUUAACGGCAGAGAAUUUUUCAUUGCAGCACAACCGCGCGUUCCGCUCCAGUCAGAUUGCACCUUACGCUGCUAACUUGGUCUUUGUCCUUUAUGAAUGCAAUGAUGGAUUCAGAAUACAGCUCUUUCUCAAUGAGAAGUUAAUGACCUUUCCCAACAUCAACCAUUCAGCUCCACUGUAUGAAACGGUCAGAAAACAUUACUCAGAGCUCCUUAAUGGCUGUGAGUUUGAAAAAGAAUGUCAUGUGCCGCAGUCAAACUUCAGGAACACUGAGCUUUGAGUUAGGUUACUGAUUCAAUUCAAUUAGGAUCAAUUACUGUGCACUUGCAAUGACUGCAUCUUUAUGUUUGUUUGAUCCUUCAUGUUGUGGUUGAAGGUUUAAUAUGCUGCUUUAUUUUAGCGGUUACCAAAUCGCCAGUGGGGGUGACAUUUGUGCUUUAAGAAUGAUUUAUUUGCCAAAGAGAAUUGUGGUUAUACAGUGCCAAAUCUUUUGUAAUGAUAUUUUGUAUAAUGAAAGCCGUUUAAAACGUGAAAACGUGUCUUUAUAUUUUAUUUUAAGAAUUGCUGUGCAUUUUCUAGUUCACUGGGUGGGUUUUAAAUUCGUAUUUUCAUAUUCUCAUUUGUAUUUUUGCACUUGUAUGGGCAUUUUCAGUGCACAUGUCCACAUAUAAUCACUAAACAGCUGUUAAUAUCAAACUAAAUAAUUUAAUUUAAUUUUAAAUAUAUUCAGUCACUGUAUAUUAAUUAUGAUGACAUAAUGAUAAGAAAUGAACCAAAAGUUAUAUUGCGUGUAUUUUUGUUUACUUUUAUUUAUUUGUUAAGGAUCAGAUGGGAGGCCUGGCUGUUAAAAAGAAAUUAAAAAUGGAAGCGGAUGUUUGUAUUCAUUAAAUGUGCUUUUUUCUGUGACCCAACAUUGACUAUUCUAACUGUAGUUCAUCUUUUAGAGCUAGUAGCCUUCGGGAUACAGAAUUUUUUAGACUAAUGGUAAUCUGGGUUUGAUAAAAAUAAGGAUCUGAUUUGUAAAGAUAGAUGGUAAAAUGCAUUACAAUUUCUCAAUAGCAAAACAUAGGAUUUCCAAGCCCAACACUAAAUAAAUCUAACAAUAAAUUUAACACAAUUAGCAGGUUUUACACAAUCUUGAGUUGUUGUCCUGGUCCUGCUGUCAUUAAAGAAAAACAGACAAAUCAAGACAUUCUAAAAUUGAUGCUGAUAUUGCAAUUUAUGUCAUUGUUAAUGUCAUUUGUAACGCAUUUAUGGAAAAUGCGGAUUUUAUGGACAGUCUCGAGGCUCUAUUAAGUAUUUCCAGAGGGGCUGGUAAUAUUGUUUUUUUUUUAUUUUCUGUCUUUUUAAGAUUCUGGGUGGUGGGGGUCUUUGGUAUGCAAAACCCGGUUUUCCACUGCUGUUUUUACAAAUAAAAAAAGCGAAAGAGA